AUGAAACUGUCUAAUUACUUGUUUUAUGAUAAUAUGAUGUUAUGUGGAGAUUUUGUUAAUUUUAAAGGAUCUGUCAAAUUUAUUGAUAGUUGUGAUGUUGAAUUGAGGAGUUUAAUUAAGAAUCUUAAAGAUAAUUUUGUUGUUCUUUGUUACUUCAACUCAGUAGUUCAACAAAUCCAGCCACUAACUAACAAUAGGGUGAUAACCAUUGAUAAGUUUCAAGGAAGUGAAUUUGAUAAUGUCAUAGUUAUUUUUGAUCCUGUUGUGGGUAAUAACUGUCAAAAAUGUCCAAAAAGAUUGAAUGUUGCUUUAACAAGAGCUAGAAAAACUUGUAUUUUGUAUGGAAAUUAUCAGAAAAUGAUUAAUGUUGAUAUUUUUAAACAAUUAUUAGAUCUUAUCAAUAAAUAA